AUGGAUUCGUUCUUCGAAUACCUCUCGCCGGUCAUCCUGUUCGGCUGCCUCGUUGCUUUUGUUCUGUUGCACUUUCGACCGUUCAAUCGCCCUCUCUCCGCCAUUCCUGGACCUCAACACUCCAAGUGGACAGGUCUGGUUGUUACUUACUACUGGCUCAUUGGCAAAAGAUCUACCUACGUCCACUCUCUCCAUCAAAAAUACGGACCAAUCGUCCGUGUCAGCCCCGAUGAGGUGCACAUCUGCGACAUCGACGCAGCGAGGGAGAUCCACAAGGUUGGAGGGCGGUUCUUGAAGUCGGAGUGGUACAAAAAACUUAUACCGCGGGGCGUGGAGAACGUCUUCAGCACUACCGACUACAAAUUCCACGCUCUUCGCCGUCGUAUCCUAUCGGCCCCGAUGGCUGACGCGUCUCUGAAGCACUUUGAGCCUCUCAUUACUGAUCGAAUCCGCUUGACCAUCUCCAGGAUGGAGGAAGAAUCGAAGAUUCGCGGUGCGGCGGAUGUGUUCAAGUGGUGGACAUUUAUGACGACUGAUGUCAUUGGCGAGUUGAGCUUUGGCGAGUCAUUUCGCAUGGUAGAAUACGGCAAGAAAAACCAGUACGUCUUAGAUCUGGAAUCGGUCAUCUCCUUGCAACCAAUCCGAACAACCUUUCCAUUCCUCGUCAAACUCUCCGAGUUUGUGCCCAUCCCUAUAUUCCGCAGAGCCGCAGAGGCCGGAUGGAGACUCGCCAGCUAUAGUGAGCAGUCCAUGGCGCGGUAUCGGAAGAUGCUCGCUGUUGAUCCGAAACCGACUCUGCUGACGAAGCUGUUCGAUGCGGGAGAGGAGGGGUUGUCAGACCCAGAGAUCAGAGACGAGGCGCAGGGCUAUAUCGUCGCCGGCAGCGACACCACGGCCGUGACGUUGACCUACCUGGUGUAUUCCGUGUGUCGCGAUGAGAAGAUCAGAAAUCGACUCGUCGACGAGGUCGCAUCUCUCCCGGAGGGCUUCACGGAGAAAGAUGCCCGAGAGCUGCCCUAUCUCGAGCAGGUCAUCAACGAGACCCUCCGCUUGUAUUCUGCAAUUCCGGCUGCUUUGCCUCGCGAGGUUCCUCCUGAAGGGGCUCAUUUGGCGGGAUAUCAACUCCCGGGCGGAGUGACGGUGUCGACCCAGGCUUAUAGUUUCCAUCGCGACCAGACGAUCUUUCCAGAGCCGGAGAAAUUCGACCCUUCGCGAUGGGCUUCCCCGACCAUGGAGAUGAGACACGCCUUCAUGCCGUUUGGGGCUGGUUCCCGCAUCUGCCUGGGAAUGCAUCUCGCGCGAAUCGAACUGCGUCUGGGCGCCGCAUUCUUCUUUCGAGCCUUCCCCAAUGCCAGAAUAUCCGCUAAGGAGGGGAUGAGCGAGGAUGACAUGAAGCAGAAGAUUUUCUUUUUGAUGGCUCCUAAGGGACAUCGAUGUUUGAUUGAAGUUGAUUAG